AUGUACCUGGGAGACACAGAAGUGUUCCGAACGUCGACAGCUGAGCCUACUGCAGCAGGGAUAGUCUGGUCCUACAUCAAGGAUAUGUCACCGUACAAUGCUUUGUGGAACGAACCGCAGAAGCUAAUAUUCGAUCUCGGCAAUCAGAUUACGGAUAUAUAUAACGGGUCUUUUACUGCAACCCUGACUGCGACCUUCUCUCAUAGCGGUAAUGUGAAGACGGCAGACGUGAUCAUGCCGAUUUCUGGGCAGAAAUCAGACUCGAAUUCGCCGAGUGCUUUUACCGUUCCCUCUGAUAAUACCACGGUGCAGUACAAGAUUCCUUCAUCGGCUUCACGCGCUGUCGUAUCCAUUUCUGCAUGCGGACAGUCUACGGAAGAAUUCUGGUGGUCCAACGUCUUCUCUUCAGACACAAAGACAUUCAGCGGCACUCUCAGCGGUUAUUCCCCGUUUCGCGAGGUCCAACUCUACAUUGACGGUGUUCUCGCUGGGGUCGCUUGGCCCUUUCCCAUUAUAUUCACUGGAGGAGUGACACCGGUUUUCUGGCGUCCAGUUGUUGGGAUCGAUGCGUUUGACCUGCGACAACCGGAGAUAGACAUCUCUCCUUUUCUUCCUCUGAUCACUGAUGGUCAAGACCAUUCAUUCGAAAUCAAAGUGGUUGGUCUGGAUCUUAGUGCAGACGGAUCUGCAACGCUUUCAAAAUCUGUCGGCUCGAACUGGGUGGUGACGGGAAACAUAUUCAUAUAUCUAGACGGCAAUGAUGUAUCUUCAUCCUCCAGGGCGAUACGUGAUUCCAGUCGGGUGCCUGUCUUGGACGCUGCGGCGCCAAAGAUUUCUGUGUCACGAAAUUUGAAUCAGAAUUCGGCCAAAAAGAACGAAUCACUUUCCUACUCCAUCCUGGUUGAGCGAACACUCACGAUUAAAUCAUCAGACAUCUCGUGGAGUCAGAAUCUCUCCUAUUCGAAUCACAACCUCCUCAAUCAACAGGGACUGGACCAGGUUACCCAUCAAAGUACUUCGGGCGUGAAUACCGUCACGCAGAAUGGACAAUCAAGCCAUGUCAGCUUCGAAUAUCCUUUGACUGUCAUAACAACAACCCACAGCGCCGCCGACGAGUCUACAAUCGAUGCUCAGAUGAAGAGAGGUCUUACCAUUGAAACGACGAACGUUACCGGCAUUUCCACAUAUACCAUGAGCGCAGGACCAUCAUUCCUACGAAAUAGGCAAUGGGGGAACGCACACUACAUAUCGAAGGCUGAUGGAAAUUCCACAUCUUUUGGUGACACCACAACUACCCUAGAGUGUGAAGCUGAAGGUAAACCAUAUAGUCGGAAUGUUCGGGCAGUCAACGGAAGCAUAGCUCAUGACAUUCCUGGGGUUCCUUCGCAACCAUCCCAAGCUGUUCUCUGA